CUGUAUGACUCCCAGUGUAAUUGGGCCAAUAGGCACAGGACCAGACCACAGGGAAACAGGCACAAUCACAGAAUGCUAGGUGCCACACCAAGGAAAUUUGGCCUGUGAACGCCCAGAGGAGGUAGCAACUAAUUCUGCGCCCCAAGCCCUCCCACAUCCCUCUCCCCCUCUGCGAUCAGCGAACGCUUUUUGCUUUUGACUCUGAAUUUUGAAGGAAGAGUAUUCCAGGUAGAAGGGACAACAUGCCCAAAGGUCUUGAGAUAGUAAAUGCUCCUUCAGAGGCGGCUCAUGCUUGACACUUUGGGGCAUUUGCCCACUUAGGGCUGUGGGAGCUGUGUCCUGAGACAGACCCCAUGCUUUUCAUAGCCGGAGCAUUCUCAAUCCCCAUGUCAGAGGUGAAGCAGCUGAGGCCCUGCUAAGUAGGAAUAAGAAUCCAGAGGCUCCUCGCCGGGCUGCCUCUCAGUCAGUAAGAAAGCCAAAGGGAGAGGGGAGUUGCGGGGAGUCAGGGCUGAGGGCGCUAGCAGGAAAGGGGGCGUUGAGCCGCCUGCAGAGGCCGCUGCGAGCUCGGAACCCUCCAUGUGGGAUCCCGGCAGCGGCAGACGAUCCAGGCCAGAGCCACGCGCAGACCCAGGGCAUGCCGGGAACUGCGAGCCCGCCGCGGGUCGUCGGACUGCGUGGGCCUGGGAGGCGCCGGGAAGAGCAGUCGCCACGGGGCUAGGGACGAGACACUGCAUUCACUGGAAGGGACAACGCGGCGCCAGUACAUAGCCUGAAACGCUCCCCAGAAGGUCCCACGCUCGCCGCGCGGUCGCCAACCGGGUCCCGCGCUCGCCCCCGGUGUCUUAGCAAGCGCUAGGCUUGUCGGGAAGAGCGGGAGGGCGCAAGUGCGGCGCUGGCCGGAAGUGCCGCGCCUUCAGCGCAGGGCUCGCCGGGAAAUGUGGUUCCUCCAGCCGGCCCGGGGCGGUGGCCGCAAGUUGGGCGGACAGCGCGGCCGAUCCGGCGUGGACCCGGGAUGGCUGGACCGGGCAGCACGGGGGGCCAGAUCGGGGCUGGGGCCCUGGCAGGCGGCGCGCGGUCCAAGGUAGCCCCGAGCGUGGACUUCGACCACAGCUGCUCGGACAGUGUCGAGUACCUGACGCUCAACUUCGGGCCCUUCGAAACGGUGCAUCGCUGGCGGCGCCUCCCGCCCUGCGACGAGUUCGUGGGUGCCCGGCGCAGCAAGCACACAGUGGUGGCCUAUAAAGAUGCCAUUUAUGUAUUUGGUGGAGACAAUGGGAAGACCAUGCUCAAUGACCUCCUGCGGUUCGAUGUGAAAGACUGCUCCUGGUGCAGGGCCUUUACCACUGGGACCCCACCGGCCCCCCGUUACCACCACUCGGCCGUCGUCUAUGGGAGCAGCAUGUUUGUCUUUGGGGGUUACACUGGGGACAUUUAUUCCAAUUCUAACUUGAAGAAUAAAAAUGACCUCUUUGAAUACAAGUUUGCAACUGGCCAGUGGACGGAGUGGAAAAUUGAAGGACGGUUGCCAGUCGCUAGGUCAGCCCACGGGGCCACGGUGUACAGUGACAAGCUGUGGAUCUUUGCUGGCUAUGACGGCAACGCCAGGUUGAAUGACAUGUGGACAAUUGGCCUCCAGGACCGAGAGCUCACCUGCUGGGAGGAGGUGGCCCAGAGUGGCGAGAUCCCCCCGUCUUGCUGCAACUUCCCCGUGGCUGUGUGCCGGGACAAGAUGUUUGUAUUCUCUGGGCAAAGCGGAGCCAAAAUAACCAACAACCUCUUCCAGUUUGAAUUCAAGGACAAGACGUGGACACGCAUCCCAACUGAACACCUGCUCCGGGGCUCUCCACCACCCCCGCAGCGGCGCUACGGGCAUACCAUGGUGGCCUUUGACCGCCACCUCUAUGUGUUUGGGGGUGCAGCCGACAACACGCUGCCCAACGAGCUGCACUGCUAUGACGUGGACUUCCAGACCUGGGAGGUCGUCCAGCCCAGCUCUGACAGUGAGGUCGGUGGGGCUGAAGUGCCUGAGCGAGCCUGUGCUUCCGAGGAGGUGCCCACCCUGACCUCUGAGGAGCGGGGUGGCUUCAAGAAGUCCCGAGAUGUGUUUGGCCUGGACUUUGGCACCACCUCAGCCAAGCAGCCCGCCCAGCCCGCCUCGGAGCUGCCCAGCGGGAGGCUCUUCCACGCAGCUGCUGUCAUCUCAGACGCCAUGUACAUCUUCGGGGGCACAGUGGACAACAACAUCCGCAGUGGGGAGAUGUACAGGUUCCAGUUCUCCUGUUAUCCUAAAUGUACACUGCAUGAGGACUACGGGCGGCUGUGGGAGAGCCGCCAGUUCUGUGACGUGGAGUUCGUGCUGGGUGAGAAGGAGGAGUGCGUGCAGGGCCACGUAGCCAUUGUCACAGCGCGGAGCCGCUGGCUUCGCAGGAAGAUCACGCAGGCGCGGGAGCGGCUGGCCCAGAAGCUGGAGCAGGAGGCCGCCCCAGUUCCCAGGGAGGCCUCCGGCGUGGCUGCUGGUGGGGCCCGGGCGCCCCUGUUGCAUGUGGCCAUCCGGGAGGCUGAGGCCCGGCCCUUCGAGGUGCUCAUGCAGUUCCUCUACACCGACAAGAUCAAAUACCCACGGAAAGGCCACGUGGAGGAUGUGCUGCUCAUCAUGGAUGUGUACAAAUUGGCACUGAGCUUCCAGUUGUGUCGCCUGGAGCAGCUGUGCCGCCAGUACAUCGAGGCCUCCGUGGACCUGCAGAACGUGCUGGUCGUGUGUGAGAGUGCCGCCCGGCUGCAGCUGAGCCAACUCAAGGAGCACUGCCUGAACUUCGUGGUAAAGGAGUCCCACUUCAACCAGGUGAUCAUGAUGAAGGAGUUCGAGCGCCUCUCCUCUCCACUGAUCGUGGAGAUUGUGCGGCGGAAGCAGCAGCCGCCCCCUCGCACUCCCUCAGACCAGCCAGUGGACAUUGGCACGUCUCUGAUCCAGGACAUGAAGGCAUACCUGGAGGGAGCGGGCGCGGAAUUCUGUGACAUCACUCUGUUGCUGGAUGGACACCCACGGCCAGCCCACAAGGCUAUCCUGGCUGCCCGCUCCAGCUACUUUGAAGCCAUGUUCCGGUCCUUCAUGCCCGAGGACGGGCAGGUGAACAUCUCCAUCGGGGAGAUGGUGCCCAGCAGGCAGGCCUUCGAGUCCAUGCUGCGCUACAUCUACUACGGCGAGGUCAACAUGCCGCCCGAGGACUCGCUCUACUUGUUUGCGGCCCCCUACUACUACGGCUUCUACAACAACCGGCUGCAGGCGUACUGCAAGCAGAACCUGGAGAUGAACGUGACGGUGCAGAACGUGCUGCAGAUCCUGGAAGCAGCUGACAAAACGCAGGCGCUGGACAUGAAGCGGCACUGCCUGCACAUCAUCGUGCACCAGUUCACCAAGGUCUCCAAGCUGCCUACGCUGCGGUCGCUGAGCCAGCAGUUGCUGCUGGACAUCAUAGACUCCCUGGCCUCCCACAUCUCAGACAAGCAGUGUGCGGAGCUGGGUGCCGACAUCUGAGGCCCUGUGGCGCCUCCCCGUUGUGAAGAAUCGACGUGCCUGCCUGCCCUGCCUGAGAAGACUACCGGCUAUGCGCAUGCCUAUGGCAGAGUGGGUGCACCUGCCAGGCCAAGGGUCAGGGUGCCCAGAGCCUCCAAAGAGAGCUAAGGGGAUGUGGGGCCCCAAACUCCUCAAUUCACUGAAGACACAGGUCCCACAGGGAGCGGAUGAUGAAGCAGACCCCCUCCCGUCAUCACCCUCUCCUGGUGUGGUGUGGAUGCGAGGUCACGGCUUAGUGAUGGGCUCACUACCCGGAAGUGGUUAGAGACCUUGGGCCUCCCACCCAGUGGGGCUUGGCCUGGCUCCUGUGGCCUGGGCGUGUUGUAGACUCAGGCACUGGGGCCUGUCACCAAGGCUCCAACAUGCGGGAGGAGGCUUAGCAGACUUGCGCUGCACCAGCGAAUCUGCCUGGGCUGCUCCUGUCCUGCCCACCCUCACUGAGAUCCAUGUAAGGGGCUCCUCUUCCCACCUGGAACUUGUGAGUGGGGACCCAUGAUGUAUGGGUCUCACCUGACUUGAGGUGAAUUUUGGAGCCAAGGGCCCUGAGGUCAGCUCCCAGGUCGGUCGUGCUGGGCCAGGCCUGGUUUUCACAGGGGCUGAAGGAUCCCAGUUCACCUGUGUGCAUGUCAGGGCUCAGCCGGGAAGAAGCCAGCAAAGUCCCCCAUGUCCCUUGCUGAGUAUUCUAUCACAGACAAGCCUCCAUUAAAGCCACAGCAGUGCUACCUACCACACACACCUUGCUGGCCUGGCCACCACUGCUGGCUUCAGCCCCUUGAGCAGCCCAUGGCUUAGCAGACCCCCAGACGUAGGUCAGUUGGUCUUACCUGUCUCUAUCCAUGCUGUCAACUCCUGCCACCACCUGGGGUCACCUGGUCACAUUGGGAAGGCCUGCGAAGGCCUCCAGGCCGGCCCCUCCCAGGGGAAUCCUGGAGGCCUAGGGUGGGCUCCUGCCCCUUCUGCCCUGCCUUGCCCCUGCACUAUGCUCUUGGCUCCUGUGAAAGGAGGGCUGCCCUCUUGCCCCAGUGAGGGCCCCAUGUGGAUCCACUCUGGUGCUGGGAGCCAGCGCUCCCUUACCAGGAACAGGAUUCCAGGACCCCUUUUUUGUCGUGGCUGCCAUGAAGCCACAGCUCACCUUGGGGAAGUGACCUGCUCCCCUUUGGCUGUAUGCACGUGGGUAGGGGGCCCUGAGUGGCAAGUUGCUUAGCUAACAGAGGCAGAUCCAUAGGCAGCCUGCAGGCUAGGAAGUGGCCUGGUGCAAGAUGAGCUGGGAACAAGGGAGGAGAGAGCAAGAACUGGGGCAGAGGCUGAGCCAGGAGGCCCUUAAGGUGAGGACACAGCAGGCCCAGGACCAUGGGUGGGGAGGAUAUGUCAGCACCUGGAAGUGGAGUGCAGGCUGGGGCGGCCAGCCAUUUGGGCCAGGUGCAUUCACUCAGAGUGGGGCCACACACCCACCUACCGAGUUUCCACAAGAUGUGGCUCCUGCCACACCCACAGGGCAGCCUCCUCCAAAUCCCUCUCCUGGAGGGGCUGACCCAGAAGCCUCCUUGAACUAGUCUGCAACCCUGCUAUCUGCUGACCCUUGUCACUGAACCCUGAACUGUCUCUUCUAGACUUAUAUGAAUAAAUGAAAUUACAUGCCAAGGGCCCUAAAAAGCAAA